CGGCCUCGGGCGAUCCGCAUCCGGGUCAGGCUGCACCUCUGGCUAUAGGAGAGUGUGACUCGCGGCGGUGCCGCGCCGUCAGCGUUCUGUCGCCGGUGUGAUCCGCCAAAGUGCCUACAGGCGGGGUGCCCCCGCGGCUUUGCGCUGAGAAGGACGGGCAGGGGACCUGGGAGCGAGCGGCGGCCGGGGUGCGCCGCUCGGGGGCGGGCUGGCGGCUCUGCUCCUUCUCUUGCUGCUGUCUCUGGGAAGCGGGAGCCAGCCCUGAGGAGUCCUCAGCGAGCAGCGACCCCCUUCCCCGGCUCGCCUGCCCGCCCCGCAGGGGAGGGCGGAAGAUGCCGGUGAAGAAGAAGAGAAAAUCUGGGGUGGCAGCGGCAGCGGCGGAAGACGGAGGCCUCAAAAAGUGUAAAAUCUCCAGCUAUUGCAGAUCCCAACCCCCUGCUAGACUAAUAAGUGGAGAGGAACAUUUUUCAAGCAAGAAGUGCCUGGCUUGGUUUUAUGAGUAUGCAGGUCCUGAUGAAGUUGUAGGGCCAGAAGGAAUGGAAAAAUUUUGUGAAGACAUUGGUGUUGAACCUGAAAAUAUUAUUAUGUUAGUUUUAGCGUGGAAAUUGGAGGCUGAAAGCAUGGGAUUUUUUACCAAGGAAGAAUGGUUAAAGGGGAUGACUUCAUUACAGUGUGACUGCACAGAAAAGUUACAGAACAAAUUUGACUUUUUGCGCUCACAGUUGAAUGAUAUUUCUUCGUUUAAGAAUAUUUACAGAUAUGCCUUUGAUUUUGCAAGGGAUAAAGAUCAGAGAAGCCUUGAUAUUGAUACUGCUAAGUCUAUGUUAGCUCUUCUCCUUGGAAGGACAUGGCCACUGUUUUCAGUAUUUUACCAGUACCUAGAGCAAUCAAAGUAUCGCGUUAUGAACAAAGAUCAGUGGUACAAUGUGUUAGAAUUCAGUAGAACAGUCCAUGCCGAUCUUAGUAACUAUGAUGAAGAUGGUGCUUGGCCUGUUCUUCUUGAUGAAUUUGUUGAGUGGCAUAAAGUUCGUCAAGCAUCAUAGCAAGAAGUAUUGUGAAGAAAAUGCAAACCUUUUGAUCCUGACGUGUGUACAGGCUAAUGAGAUGAGAGGGGAAAAAACCUAAGGGGUGCAUUUUCAUUCAUAUGAAAGACUUCUCAUAGUACUUUUUUUUUUCCUUUUUUUUUUAAAGGACGUUUUCUUGUUACAUGUUAUGGGCGUUGAGCCACACCUCUUCUGAGACUGAAUAUUGAAGUUUUUGUUUUGAGUUACGUUUAUAACAUUUAUUUCAGAACAAUAAAGAUUCAGAUUUGUGACAAAGGCCUUAAAGUGAAGAUGUCCGUUGAGUGUCAAGAGUGGUAUUUAUUUUUGUAAAUUUUAAUUCUUGAAUUUUAGAAGUCUGUCAUACCAGAAAUUUGUGGAAUUUUAAAGGUUUUAAACAGUCUUAAUAUUUGGCAGUGUACUCUGUUCAUGGUAUAGCUCAUAUAUUCAUCUCUGCACAAUCAGAAAGAAUAUUUAUUGGUCUUGACUUCUUGGGUAAUUUCUGAUGCAGCUAAUAAUAAAAUACAUUUCUGGACAUUGGGCAAGUUUAGCUGUGAUUUUCUGUGAAAGUUGCCAACAUAUUAUGCAUAUUUUUUAUCUGAAAAGUUUACAGUUGGAAAGAUUAUUGUGUUGUUAUUUUGUUUUCUAACCAUUAAAUAGUAUUGUCAAUAAGUAUAAAUCAGCAUCGUAUGUAUACUCUUAAUGUGAAUUUUACGUUUUCUGUAUUCUAUCAGUUUAAAAUUCCAUUUAUAUUAGAAAGAGCAAGUUUCAUAUAUUAAUGUUCUCAAAAUCAGUUAGCCUUAUGAGAAAAUUAAGACCAUUAUUGAAGCUGUAUAUCAUCAUUAUUGUUGUUGUUCAUGACAUAUAUGUGAUCUUUUUAACUAUCAUUUCGUGAUUUGGGGAGUUGUGUUGAGGACCACUCCAUCCCAAUCCCCCUUCUUUUUGGUUAUGUGAGAACCUUAGCUCUGAUGUUGUGGAUUUAGUUAAAAUAUAUAUUAGAAAAACGAGAAUACGGACUCAUGGGAGAACUCUGGGUGUAAUUGUGCACAACUCAAGGGUACCAUUUACAUUGGUACAAAUUACAUUGCUAAUUGUCACAAUUCUCUGACCGUUGGCAGUGAAGUUUCCUGAAGACAGGACCGUGUUUUUUCUACUUCACACAAAAGAUGUCUUUUUGGACUAGCAGCAGCGCUGUUUUUACGUUCCUCUUAAACCAUCCAAUAUCCCAGUGAAAUGAAAACCGUGUUCACAUUUACAGUCAAGUCACAGCUUCAGGAAUGUUAAUUCCUAAUUAUAUGGAGAAAAGUAAAUAGGUUGCUUUUCCAUAAUAACAUUUCUAUUGGGAUUUAAGGUAAAGGUUGGUUUUUGGUGGUGAAUUUAAUGAGUGAUUACAGUAGUGAUUACUUAGGGAGAAUAGCAUUUUAAAUAAUUAUAUGUUUUUGCUUUUUUUUUUUUUUUUGCUUUUUGGUUGAGAAAGAAUGAUUGCCGUUUUUAUUUCUUCAUGACAUCACUAUGUAUGACUUUGUGAAACACUGAUAUAAUAAUGGAAAAUAGUUUUUCCCUUAAAUGUUUGAUAAGGAUAAUUUUCCUGGAAUACUGUGUCAAGUAUUAGAAUCACUGAAUUAUCGGAACUGAGCAUUCUGACAGUGAGUGUUACAACAUUAUGACUGGGCUUUUAGUAUUAAAUGUAUUAUAAGUACAGUCAGUCCUUGAACAACAUGGGUUUGAACUGUGUGGUUCUGCUUAUAGGCAGAUUUGUUUUCAGCAAAUAUGCAAUCAACCCUCUAUAUCUAUGGACCCUGCAUCCAUGGAUAACAGGACCUGUGGGUAUAGAGGACCAACUAUGGGGCUUGAGCAUCUGCAGAUUUUGGUAAACUUGGGGGCUGCUGGAACCAGUAGCCUUUAGGUCCUGAGGGAUGACUGUAAACACUUAGAUUUUUAGACAUUUGAAUCUUUAUGACUCUUCAGGGGACAACUUGUGAAUUUGAAGAAUAUUGCCCAUUUUUAUUUAAUUCCAAAAUAUAUAAUUUAAAUGAAAUUUUAUAAGUUGUCAAUUUAUGGCCUGAAGAAAAUAGUUUUGUCUUUAUAAGAAACAUUUAAAAAUUAUAGAUAACCCUUUAAAGAAAUAAAAUAUAUGAAACAAUUUACUUUGCUUACUUAUCCAAAAAUUCCUUUAAGACUUUGAAUCUGGAAAUUUAAAUAAAACUUACUUUAUCCUAAAGUCAACAGCCCUGUUUUACUCAGGCCGUGCUUGGUUUACUCUCUUGCUCUUUCUAAUUGUCUAACCUUCUUAGAGUCAUAACUCACUUAUUUUGGAAGCAAACUUAACUCUGCCUCAUUCAUCUCAGGAUGUGGGCUUGUCCCUUCUGGUCAUUUCUUUUUUAAUUUGUAUUUGAACAUCAUUUAAUUUAUUGGAACUAAUGAUCAAGAGGUUAAAUAAUAUAAGUAAAGAGGAUAGUAUUAAGGAGCCAGCAGUAUGAAAAACAAAUCUGUUGGGGCUCUUCUUUUAACUAGUUAGCUUUAAGUGCCUUCCCAGGAAUCCUGUUGUAAAACUUCCUUUAAUGUGGAAUAAAAUUCACUGGUGCUUUAUAAUUAGAAACUACUUUCUUCUUAUAGAAUAACAUAUAGAUGGAAUACUACUGGAAGAAAGUAGAGCCAGGUGUUGAUUCUGAACUGUGAGUGGAUGGCGAGGUUGUCCCCCAACCCCUUGAAGCCAGUGAUUUUUUAACAAGGCAUAGUAUCUUGAGGAACUUGCCAGUUAUUCAGGUAACUUAUUUGAAUAGGAGAUAGAAAAUGGUGUGUUGUGGGCUUAUCUGACUUUAUUGCAGUGUUAUCUCUUAAUUGUCUUACAGUGUCUUCUUUUUUGACUGCUUACAGUAAAACUCUUGAUGUAAUCCAUUUUUGGUUGUAAUUGUAUUUUUAUGUGUAAUGUACAGGUUUUGUUGAGUUUUACUUGGAAGUACUCUAGUGUUUCUUAAAGGGCUCCCUGGUGGCUCAGUGGUAAAGGAUCCACCUGCCAAGUAGGAGAUGUGGGUUUGAUCCCUGGGUCGAGAAGAUCCCCUGGAGAAGGAAAUGGCAACCCACUCCAGUAUUCUUGCCUGGAAAAUCCCAUGGACAGAGGAGCCUGGUGGGCUACAGUCCAUAGGGUCGCAAAGAGUCAGACAUGACUUAGCGACCGACUACACACAAGUAUUUCUUAAACUGGAAUUUGAGGGCCUUCUGUGGGAAUGUUAGAUUGACCCUGAAGAGUACUUCUCUUAAAUUCAAAUGCCUUUUUCAUCUAGUGAGCCAAAAAUUUAUCUUUAGUAGAAUUAAUGCCAUCACUUUGUGCAGGGAGGUGAGUAGGAUAGUAGAAUUUUAAAGCAUAGUAGUUAAUGUAGAGUAUUAGCAAUGAAACAUUUUACUUUGAACAGAUGAUUUCUUUGUCAAAACAUGUCCUUUCUUCUUAAUUGAUGAUGUGAAGUUAUGAAAGCAUUUAUUUGAAAUAUAUUACAUACUCAGCUUGAUAAACUAGAAUACUGACUUUUUUAAAAAAAAAAAACUGCUUUCUUGAAGGGUACUUAAAACUGUUGUGAUCAUUCCUAAUUCAAUAAAGUCUUGUUUGGGCUCUCAA